AUGUCGAACAACAACGCUCACGAGAGCACGCCUCUUUUACGGGGCAAUGACGGCGCGGAAGAGAGCGGGGACGCCCACACUCCUCCCUCGACUUGGCAGCGCGCGAAGAGCUGGAUCUCUUCCCACGCCGUCAACCUCGUCCUGACCGCACUUCUUGCCGUGUUCGUCGUCUUGUUCCUCGUCACCGCUUUCAUCCAGACAUCAGGCGGCGGUGAUGAAGAGAAGCCACCCUCCGAACCGACCCCGGGUGAGGGAGCUGAAAUAUGCACCUCGGCCGGCUGUGUCCUUGCCGCCUCAACACUUCUCCGCAGUCUCUCAUCGAGAUACAAGGACCUUGACCCCUGUGAUGACUUCCGCACGUACGUUUGUGAGGGUUUCGAUGCCGUCCACGAGAUCCGGGAAGACCAAACCGGCGUUGGCAGUCUCCAGAUCAUGAGCGAGGAAGGCCAGCUCCUUCUCAAGCGUAUCCUGGAAUCCCCAGAGCCUGCACAGACCUCCCUGUUCUGGACUGCAUCCUCACCGGACAAGGAGAUCUACCGCAAAUUGCACGAUGGCUACAACGCCUGCUUGAACGAGACUCAGCUGAAGUCGAUCGGUUCUAAGCCUUUGCUGGACCUUCUCACCGGACUCGGGGACCUGUACCCCGUGAAGAAGCCAAAGGGAAAUAAGGAUCACUCGCUCACUGAUGCUGUGGAGUAUCUCAUUGGCAAUGGAAUUAGAGGCCCACUCUCCAUUGGUGUCGGUGCUGACGACAAGGAUCCUGAUUCCAACAUCAUCUCCCUCAGUCCCCCUUGGUCUUUCGGUCUACCAUCGAAGCAGUAUUACAACCGGACUGAAAUCGCCACUGCCUACAAGGAGACGAUCGGUACCGUCCUGGAGGCUUUGCGCAAGGAAGCUUCACCCAAGCACAGCGUGCUGUCCACAUUUGACAGCCCAGACGCGCCUGCUACGCUGAAUAAGAAGCUCGUCGACAGCUUGGUUGAUUUCGAGUACAGCUUGGCAGCAGCAUCGCCUGAUCCCGAGGAUCUCUCCGACAUCACUAAGGUUUACAACCCUCGAACCUUAGAUGAGGCAGAAGCAUAUAACCCUGAAAUUUCGGUCAAGGACAUCAUCCGUCUCUUUGCUGGCGACUAUAAACCUUCCAAGAUCAUCGUGGCAUCCCCGCAUUAUUUGAAGUCUCUGGCAAAGAUUCUCGAAUCAGAGAGCCGUGAGGUCAUCCAAGCAUACCUUGCCUGGAAAGUGGUGCAAACAUGGGGUGGGUCUGUCGAGGAUGACAGCGUCGAGCCCCUACGCAGGUUCAACAACAAGCUUCAGGGCAAGGAACCGGAUGUCAAGGCGGAACGAUGGAGGACCUGCAUUAGCGUCGUCGAUAGCGAUCUUCCCUGGAUUCUCAGCCGCUUCUUCAUCGAACGCGCUUUCUCCAAAGAGGCGAAAGACCUGGGUGACCAGAUCAUCCACGACAUCAAGGACUCCUUCAUCUUCAAGCUCAACCAUUCGGAAUGGAUGACUGAGAAGGUGCGCGAGUUUGCUAUUGAUAAAGUGCAUCUCAUCCGGCAAAAGAUUGGAUAUCCCACCCAGAGCCCGGAUGUCACCAACGCGAAAGAACUUCAAAAGUACUACAGCAGCGUCAACGUAUCUGCCGAUUCGUUCUUUGCCAACCGGCUCUCUUCCACCAGAGACGAUGUGAGGCGAGAGUGGGCGCAGGCCGGCAAGCCUGUAGACAAGGCUGAGUGGGGCAUGUCCGCGUCGACUGUCAACGCAUACUACAACCCACCCGGCAACGAGAUCGUUUUCCCUGCUGGUAUCAUGCAGGCUCCGGUCUUCUACGAUCCGUCCCUUCCUAAGUACCUCUCAUAUGGCGCCUUCGGCGCCGUGGCAGGUCACGAGUUGUCGCACGCUUUUGAUUCGUCCGGCAGGAACUACGACCAGAAUGGCAACUAUAGCGACUGGUGGGAUGAGUCCACCAUCAAAGCCUUCAAGCACAAGACGGACUGCUUCGUGGAGCAGUAUCACAACUAUACCAUCCCGACGAAGGACGGCGACCUGCCCAUCAACGGGAAGCUCACCCUCGGUGAGAACAUCGCCGAUGCUGGUGGUCUCACUGCUGCAUUCCAGUCUUGGCGUCGCCGAGACGAUGAGAAGGAGGAUCUUAUUCUUCCUGGCCUGGAUUACUUCUCGAAGGAGCAGAUCUUCUUCCUCGCCUAUGGGCUGACCUGGUGUGGGAAGACGAGGGAGGAGGAGGCUAUCAGGAGGAUCUACACGGACCCUCACAGCCCUGCUUCUUACAGAAUUCAGGGUACUACCGCCAACUCUCGGGAGUUCCGAGAGGCAUUUAAGUGUCCCGUCAAGGAGCCUACUUGUGAACUGUGGUAA